GCGGGCACUGGGUCAGACAUUGGAUCGUCUGACUGGACAGCGGGCACUGGGUCACCAGGCAUCAGGUCAUUUGGCUCGACAGCGGGCACCGCGUCAUCCGGCAAGGCAGUGGGCUCCGAGUCAACUGGUAUGACCGCGGGCACUGGGUCAGACAUUGGAUCGUCUGACUGGACAGCGGGCACUGGGUCACCAGGCAUCAGGUCAUUUGGCUCGACAGCGGGCACCGCGUCAUCUGGCAAGGCAGUGGGCACCGGGUCACCAGGCAUUGGAUCUUCUGGCUCGACAGCGGGCAUCGGGUCACCAGGCAUCAGGUCAUUUUGGCUUGCCAGCGGGCACCGCGUCAUCUGGCAAGGCAGUGGGCACCGGGUCACCAGGUAUGACAGCGGGCUCUGAGUCAAUUGGCACGACAGCGGGCACUGUAUCAGGUACCGGAUCAUCUGGAUCAACAGCGGGCAUCGAGUCAACUGGC